AUGAAGACUACGAUCCAAGCGCUCGCUGCCGUCUCCGCAGGAACCUUUGCCACAGCUAAGGCCAUGUCUUCUGGUAGUGGCGCUGGUGGCGAAGUUACCCGAAUUCGCCAUCACGGAGCUGCGGCUGCGUCACUUUCCGCUCCUCACUCUUCCGAAAAGACGCAAACACGCAAACUUCAGGCUGCUUUUUCGAAUUGUCAUGUCCUGGAUGGUGCCACUGGCGCCGGUCCGGACAUCUUUAAUGGCCAAACCUGUAUCUUUGACAAGCCAGCAGCUACAUCGGACAGCAGUUUCGCCUACAGCGACGCACUGAAAGAUAGCGGGAUUACGUGGAACGAAACAACCCUAAAUCAAUGGUUGGGAAACCUUUGUGAAUGGAACACAAAUGAUGUUUCAGGGGGGUUCGGAUCCUAUGGAGCGACGCAUGAUCAUUGA